GCUGAGUGUGCACGCCUUUGCCUCACUCAAUUUACCCCCUCCGCUGCGUGUAUCUGGCGUGUGUAAAUGUCGGGGUGUGACAGUGCUAUAUUAAAGGGGCAUACAUGCUGAUUCAUCUGGUCAGUAGACAAGCACGGCAAGUGUGCGACAUUUGGUUACUAACAAAGAGACCGGGUUUAUAGAACACGCUGAGAGUACAGCAGCGGUGAGGCGCGGGAGAGAAGCCGCCGGCCCGCGUGUUUGCGCUGUCUCACGUUGGACGCUGUGCUCCUGACCGAAUAUGUACAGAAAUGAGUCGGGCUUUUUCAGUCGGGCAGACAUGCUGAUUCAUCAGGAGGUAGAGCUUCAGAAAGCCUGAAUGACGGCGCGACGGGGACAGGUGGUCUCUCCUUUGUCUGGAGAGAGAACUGAGGCUCAAGCCAUGCCAAUGUGUCCAGUCGCAGGCCCAGCAGCGGAAUCCAAGUCUGAGGAAGAUUCAUCGUUUGCAGUGUACUGGUCAGGGUGACUGCAGAAACAGAAGAGAAGCCCUCGCUCUUCGACUUGCACUGUAAGCAAAGUCUCCUGUGGCAUGACGACCUCAAACAAAGGAAGCAUGGCCUUAAAGGUAAAAAGGGAGCCAGGAGAGAAUGGGACAAGUCUGACAGAUGAACAGCUGGUGACAAUGUCGGUGCGUGAACUGAACCAGCAUCUGCGAGGUCUUUCCAAAGAAGAGAUCCUGCAAUUGAAGCAGCGGCGGCGCACACUAAAGAACCGUGGCUAUGCAGCCAGCUGUCGAGUCAAGCGUGUAACUCAGAAGGAAGAGCUGGAAAAGCAAAAAGCAGAACUUCAGCAAGAGGUAGAAAAAUUAGCUUUGGAGAAUGCCAGCAUGAAAGUGGAGCUGGAUGCUCUGAGAUCCAAAUAUGAAGCCCUGCAAAAUUUUGCCAAGACUGUUGCCCGUAGCCCAAUGACCCCUGCUAGAGGGCCAAUUGCUUCCGUAAUUUUGCCUUGCAUUCCUGGUAAGGUAGCAACCACCAGUGUCAUUACAAUAGUCAAGUCAAAAACAGAUGCCAGAUCUUAGUAUCUGGAAAAAUGGGAGUGUGAAGUCCAAGAGAACAAAGCUGGUCAGUGCAUUAUUGUUGAGCACAUACAAUGUAUUCAUUUUUUUUUUCCACAACCCAUUUCCCUUCCAAAUCAUAUGUGGUAUGUUUUGAAAAAUUACAUAGAUAGAUGAGGAUUUGGUGGAAUUAGGCAGCAUGGUAAAAUCAGGAAAAUAGUAAUAGCUGGAAAUUCAGUUAAUCUGCUGCUGUAUUAGUACCACCAUGAAGUUAUUUUAACGUCAGGGUAUGUAAACAGGGCACCACUGAAAACAGAUUAACAUCUUAAGCUUCAAUUCCUUAGAUGAUAAGGAGAACAUUUUUUGCCAGUGGUUAGUAAUGUUUAAUUGAUCUAUUUGAAAUGGUGAUGGGAUAGUGGAGAGAAAUUUUUUUAUCCCCCUUCCUCUGAUAUCAUAUUACCUCACACCCCUAAAAAACAAAUCUAAAUUUUUUCCUUCUUAUUAUGAUACAGAAAUGUAUGUUAUCAUUUUUAAUGUGGAAUUUGUCAGUUUUUAUAAAUGUUAUUUCCUGUUUAUUCAGAAACUAUAGCAUAUAUACUUCAAUUACUUAUUUAUUUUAAAUUUUCCCUUAUAUAGGGAAGGGUUCACUUUUUUAGAUGUCUUCUACAGAAAGAACAUUUUAAAAAAAGCACUUAGUAUCAAAUUACUUAAUUGAGAGAACAAGGUUACAGUAUGUUAAUUGUUUUGGAAGCACAGAAAAGCAAUCAUAUGCUUACUUUUCUAUUCUGUUCUUUAGUAAAUUAAGCAUUUUGCUGUCUUUUUUUUUUCUUUUUUAAUUUAUGUAUUUAUUUUUUUUAAUUGUGCCUAAUAUGUUGCACUGACCAAAAAACGGAAAAAAACUGCAAGUGUUCGUCUUUCAAAUCUGUACAGUAUAAAAAUUGUGAUAAAUUAUAUUUGUUGAAAUGACCAAUUUAUGUGUUUGGAUAGUCCUUCCUGGUAGCCAGUUAUAUUUUUAAAAGAAUGCCGACACAUUUUAGUUAAUUAAUUUUCAGAGCUAAAUAUUUCACUUUUCAGAUUUUUCAGCAUACCUCCCAAAAUGUAAACUUUUUAAUAAACUUAAAUCAGUGUUUAAGCAGAUAUUUGCCAGAAAGUCAAUAUUUACCUUUUUGUAUUUCUGUAAAGACUAGCUGAAACCAUAUUUAUGAGAAUAAUUCACUUUACAUGACUUACACACUGUAUUACUUUAAAAUGAACUAGGUUUGUCAUGUCUUACUGUAGCCACUAAUUUUAGUAGUAUUGUAGAGGGCUAUAUAUGAAUUAUUGUUGUAAAAUGCACAGAAUAUAUAAGCUAUUAAUGGAAAUUGUGGAAGAUUAAUUUACAGUCCUUCCCUGCCUGGCAACCCAAGGUAAUUUUAAGUAUAUAGGAAUAGGGAACUCAGCAGCCUAAAAGAGACCUCCUUAAGCUUGCAAGAGUGUGCAUCUGCAGAGAAUCCCACUACUACUGAAAUGAUUUAGCCUCUAUAGAGUAUUUUUUGCAACUGUUCUGAAGCAGGUGUAAAAUACUUCACAUUGAUUAUUAAAAUGUGUAUGUUUUAAUAAUUGCGUUGACAUUCCCCUAAGUAAAUAAAAAAUCCUCUUUUUCAUACCUUUAUGAACAUAGCUACUAGUCAGGGUUUUAACUAAUUAACAAAUAAGAAAGUAUGCAUAAUACAUUUUAGAUUAAAACUUAGGAAACAUGAAGGUAACUGAGUUUCAUAUGCUUCAAGAGUAAAUGAUUUUAACAUUAAAUACAUGGAAAUAACAGGAGUUUCUGGCCACAAUAUAAUUAUUCAUACCCAAAAUACAUCAUGCAUAAAUAGGUUGUCCUACACAAUGAUUCCCAAAUGUAUCCUAAGCCUCUGGCAAAAUUUAGAUCAAAUGAUUUAUUGCUUACCUGGUUGUCCAUUACUUGUCAAUACCCAUUUUUAUGUGUACACAAGAAAGCUGGCUUUUCUGGAGAAGUCUCUCUAAUGAAGACUUCUAUUUGUAGUGAAACUUGUAAAGAAAUAUUUAGCCAAUGUAAGCAUUUUGUGUCUGAACCUUCUGAAAUUCUAUGUUAAUUAAUUAAAAAUUCUUAAAGUUGAAGUGAAGAUUUAAAAGACUUGAUACCUGUCUAACGAUGUAUUUUUAUAGCAUAUUAACAGUUCAGAAUUUCCAGUGAUUGUUAUGUUUGUCUCGAGAGUAAUGGGGCUGGUUAUGAGAAUGCUUUUUGCUGGCCAACCUAAUAAAUAACUUCUCCCUUAGUGUAUUUGUUACUUUACAAACCAACACCCCUAUGGAAGUCAUUUGUUUGUGUCACCCAAAACUUCAUUAUGCAUAUGUCUUGGCACCUUUAGAACACAAACUGCACCAAAACAUCCAUUCUCUCCAUGUUAAUUCCAGAAAAUUUUUGUAGGUUUAUUUUUACAAUUUUAAUAUUAAAAUUGACCAUUUCCUUUUAAGUUCAUAGUUGUAAUGAAACCUCAGUACAGUUCUUGUUGUACUUUUGGUAUUUCACAUCCAUUUUUAAUAGAUAUGUGAAUAAAUAAAAAUAAGGACUGACCAAGCACAUAAAUAGACAAAAGUGUGUCGCACAGAAUUUGAUGGUGUAUGUAUUUAGCAGAUCUUUGUCAACAUUCAAGUUUUUUAUUUAUAUAUAUAUCUAUAUAUAUAUAUCUAUAUAUAUCUAUAUAUAUAUAUCUAUAUAUAUAUAUAUAUAUAUAUAUAUAUAUAUAUAUAAGUACAGAAGGUAUCUUGCAUUAUUUAUAAAAUCUUAAAAAAAAAAAAAAAAAAAUGUUUGAUAUACUUUUUGCAAUUGUACCAAAAGUGGCUUAUUGAAGUUGAUAGCUUUUUAUAGUAACUAGGCGCGUACUGUGGAUACAGCGUGGUGUGGUGUCAAAGUAACAAGGUGACAGUAUUGUUCACUGUUUGGAUGUGAUGCUGUAUUAUUAAUUCUUUACAGAGAUUACUUGUGAUGUAAACAGCACUUAAUGCUUUCAGAUGCCCCGUUAACCUGCACAAUGACAGCAAUGUGUACCUUGCUGUUUUAAAAAGCUGUCAUUGAUUAAAUAAGUAAAUAAAUAAAUGGAACUGUUGGGAUGGGAAUCUACCGUUCUAACCUGAUAAUCUGUAAUGAUUCAUCGCAAAUUGCUAACUGAGCUGUUCGCAGAGUGGUCACAUCAGAAAUCUUUUGAUUAUUAUUUUAGGUAGUGUCAUCUUAAUGGUUCAUUUUAAUGUUGCACCUUUUGUUUCUGGUGUAACUUAAUUGUUUAAGUGAAAGAAUUUAUGCCAAUUUAUUUGGACAAUUUGUUUUUUUGGGAAAGCUCAUAAAGAAAAUAGGUUGUUGUUUAGCCCUUUUUAUAAAACCAGCCAUGUCAUGGUUAUAUUUGUAGUCUAACAAUGUAAUGCACCUGCAUAUCAUACUGCAGUAUUCUUGUACUCUCUUUAAAAUGUUUGUAAGUUGGCAACACACAGCUGUUGCUCAGUUGUAUGAUGUACUGUAUUUCUGUUCAUGUUACACAUUCCUCUUUAAUUUUAAGGGUGGCUGAAAGUAGUUAUUGACUUGCUAUUUACAUCACAUUACUUUUUAUGACUUAUUUAUGACUGUGAUAUUUUUUCCUAUGAGAUAAAUAUAUAAAAAAUAUGUGAUUUUCAUAUUAAAUAUUGUUUCUGGUAUGUGACUCCUCUGUAUUUGGCCAGAAGCCUUUUUUUCCACUCUUUUUGAAAACGAAUAAUGUUAUGAAAGGACCAAAAAGUCCAGACUUUUUUACAGGAUAACUUUACAAACUAAGUACCAGAAUUUUUUCAGGCAAGUGGCAUCAGACUGUAAAAUAAUUUAAGGCAAGCAAUAUAUUUAUUUUAGUUGAAAUAUAAAAGUUAUUUAUUAAGUGUGAUGGUAGUAGUUGCCUAUUGAGAAAUAUAGUUUUAUUAUAAUUCUGUUUUUAGAAUUUUUAUUAAAUGUAAGUUGAUAAUUGGUUAAUAGGUUAUUUAUAUGAAUUGUCCCAGUGUAUUACACUUGUAGUGUAUAGAACAAAAAAUGUGUAAUAAUGAUUGUUUUCAAUUGAAGCACAAAAGCAAACUAAUUGUCUCUUCAGUAUUCCCUUUAUCAUUAACAUAAGAGCUUAUAGUCACAUUAUGAAGGUCUGCUUACAUGCUGCAAUUUUAACAUCUUUACCUUUACAGUACGAGUAGAAUUCAUCUUCAUAAGCUUACAUGUACUUCAAUAUUCAGACUAAUAUUGUGAGCAUGUUGAUUUCAUUUAUGUCCUAACAAGUUUUAAAUAUUUUAGAGCUUUUUAAAAUCUUAAAUUGUAGUUACAUUUUUUUUUGGUUUUAUUGUUAAAGUUAUCAAUCAUACCCCCUUGAUGCCCACAGUGGUUAAUUGUUAUUGUUCUAUACUGAUCUUCUGAUUCAUGGUAAAUUCUCCUUAUUUAAAUCAUAUUUGAGCUUCUUUACCAUUUACUCAAUUUUUUGAAUAUGAAUAAUGUAGCUUUCUGUGUAUCACUUGUUUAUGAUUUUUCUCAUGUUCCUUUAAUUUUCAAAUGAGAAAGUAGUUUUUAAACAUAUUUCAUCUCUGAUAUACCAUCUAGAAAGGUCCCAUGAUGUGCUGUCACACUAGAUCAUCUUAGCCUUUCACUGUCCAGAGUAAGUAGUUUUGUUAGAUAUGGAUCUUAACCAUCAAUGAAAUGACCAUCUAAGUAAGACCAUUUUGAAUACAUUCAGCUGCCUAGUAUUUGGUACCAUAUGUUUUGGAAGACACCUACUACUACAGAAGGCUUAAACACAAAAGAGUCACAGUUCUAUUCCUGAAAUAGCACAUGUAACUAUACUUUUUAUUUCAGCAAAGUCCUGUGUACAGAGGUGUCACUUACCAGUAAAUCAUUUACUUCUCUUAAUGGCAGAAUGUUAAAGUGAGCGAGAGAGAGAGGUAAUAUUUUUUCAUUACUUUUAGAUUGCAAAACUUUUUUCAAUCUCUGAAUUUUUCUCUUUUUUGCUGUGGUGUUUUUUUGGGUGGUUCUGUCUCUUAAUCUUCCUCUAGCCCAUGAUCAGAAGUUAUACAUUAGGACCCGCUUAUUACAAGCGGCUUGACUUUGUUUGUCUCUCUCUCUCUCUCUCUCUCUCUCUCUUUCUCUUCCACCCCUCCCCCACCUGAGAUGUGGCGUACUUGUUUACGUCAUGAGUAUUGUGAAGGUAAAUCUAUUUAAAUAUGCAACUUGUUGGACCUCUGCACAUGGCAGUGGCUAUGACGUGUGAGUUGUCCUUUUGUAUAAGUGAUAUACAAAGUAUAUAGUGCACCUCUUUAUCUGUGUUGUGUUUAAACUACUACUUUGCUUCAGUUUGUGUGUAUGUGUGUGUGUGUGUGUAUAUAUGUAUAUGUGUAUUAUAUAUACAUACACAAGCUAUUAAGCACUAAAGUUCUGUCAUUAUUACUUUUUUUCUGGUAGCAUCUUAUUUUUUUACAUGUAUACUGUGAAUCUAAAGCUGCAGAGGUUAAUCAUAGUAUUCUUUUAAAUCUCAAAUUGCAUUGUCCAUAUACUGUUUCAGCCCUGGCCCCUGCAUGCAUUUUUAAGUGUAGUGACUCUUUUAUGUUUUAUUUUUAUUCAUUGGAGACCACUGUUCUAAUAUUCUGAAAAAAUCAUUCCCCUUCAAGUUAAGCAUGUGUUGCUACCCCCAGAUUUUCCUAUACUAAGGUGUAAUCUUUUAUAGGAACAAAUGAAAUUCCUUAGUUAAAUUAUUUUUAAUGUGCAUGCUAUUAAAUUCCUAGAAAUAAUUUUAUUUAAUUAAGAAAAUGACAUGUAACAGUGUAGUGAAUUCAAAUUAAUAAAAAAAAGUGAAUACAUUUUAGUUUAUUAAAAGAUUUGACAAUAAUAUACAAAGUGAACUUUUUUUUUAAAAACAAUCUGUAUCCACCAGAAACAAGACAAAUAAAGACGUUAAUGGGGUGAUCUGUUGGAAAGGGCAUCUUAUUAGGAGCUACAAAAAAGAAAAAACUGCCGUAUUUUUAAAUAAGUUAUAUGAUUGUGACAACCAUUUACAAAACAAAUAUUCUAGGUUUGUGUAUUUUUCUGUUAUGAAUGAUGUAUUGAAGAAAUUGUAUGGUAUCAAGCAUGUGAUAAUAUGCCCUUGUAACAUAAGAUUAUAUGUGAAUUUUUAUGCCAUCUUUUUUUGUAGCAUCAUUACAUUUUAUAUACAUUUAUGACUUACUUGAUUUCUAUAGAUUCAAAUCUGCUACAUAGCCAUAUUAAAGCUUUUUGGAUUUGUACACUUUUAAGCUCAUAACAAGUACAGUAGACAUAAAAUUUGCAUUUAUUGGCUUUAAUAAAGCCAAUGUCUAAUCAUGCAUCUUUUUACUGUGAGGCAUGUCAGAUUUGCCAAUCACAGUUGCUGAUCUCAUCGCUACACCAUGUCAAAUUACCAAGCGCUGCUCUUCAAGUGCAGUCGUACUCGCCCCAUUUUUUGACCGCUUGUGGUAUAUUGCCUGAUAGAGUGGUGCUUUGCAGAGGGUUAGUAGCUGCACCAGGUUCUGGUAUAAUCUCUGUACUUUAUUUCUUUUCUUCCAUUCUGUUAUUGUAUGUAAAUAUUAGACACGAGACAGAUGAGUUUCUCUUCUGUUUGUGAGGUUCAAAACACGCGUGUUCCUUGUUUCUUUUUGCUACAUUCUAUACAUUGUACUUCCAGAUGAGCAUUCAUUGAUGCAUUUGGUUUUCAGUUUUCCUGUGUACACAGCCUUGUCCCUCUGACUAUAGAAAAAAUAAAGCAAUGUUGAUUUUAUCCUAGUAAGUCGCAGAAUAGUUGGUCUCAGGUGUUGGGUGUGUAACAUUAGAUGAUUGGAUUCAUGGGACUGCACCGUGACUUCUUCUGACAGUAUAAGAUUAUGUAAAUGAAGGCUACAAAUAAAAAUCACUGGAAGAGUCAUCUAAUGUGACAUGGACUUUGUCCAUCCUUUUUCUAACCUGUUUAUGCACUGCCUGUACUUUAUUAUUCACUGUGUACAAACUGGGAAUAAAGCCUGGAUGAGCUGUCAGUUGUAAAGCAUAGUCACACAUCCUGGGCCAGUUUGGAGUCACCAACAUUAAAGGUUAAUGAACAACUUGCUGUUCAUAUUGGGUAUGCUGUCCAGAAGUCACUUCUUUAAAUUCCAAAUUGUUUACACCUUUAGUCAAUUAGAUACGCAGAGAAGUACAAAAUAGAUAUGUAAAAAUUCAAAGAGGCUUCUAGCAAUUGAGAAUGAUCAUAUAUUAUUUUUACAGCUAUCCAUGAACAGAAAUAAUGAAAGUCUGUUGUUCAUCUUUAAAUCAUAGAAGUAUUGUUCAGAACAAAUUAUGGAAGAUUUGUCAGACUACAAUAUUUAUGCAUUCCCAUCUGUACUGUUUCUAAGAAGUAACUAACUUAACAUCAAACGAGUGUUAAGAAAAUGUAUAUAAAUGUUUAGCUGAUCCAACAAAAUUCUUCUUCUGUUGCCUGUUCUCGUUAGGCAUCACCACAGUGGAUCAUCUGUUUCCAUGUCUUCCUGUCCUCUGCAUCUUGCUCUGUCACACCCACCACCUGCAUGUCUUCUCUCACCACAUCCAUAAAUCUUCUCCUAGGCCUUCCUCUUUUCCUUUUCCAAUAUACCCAGCAUCUCUCCUCUGCACAUGUCCAAACCAACGCAGUCUCGCCUCUCUAACUUUGUCUCCAUACCAUCCAAACUGAGCUGACCCUCUAAUAUACUCAUUCCUAAUACUAUCCAUCCUUGUCACACCCAAGGCAAAUCUUAAUAUCAUUAAUUCUGCCACCUCCAACUCUGUCACCUGUUUUUUGGUCAGUACCACCGUCUCCAACCCGUAUAACAUAGCUGGUGUCAUUGCCAUCUUGUAUACCUUCCCUUUCACUUUUGGUGGUAUCUAUCAGUCACAAAUCAUUCCUGACACACUUUUCCAUGCACUCUUCCCUGCCUCCACUACUUUAUUUUUUCCCAAUCUUCCACCCUCCCUAUUACUCUGUACUGUUGAUCCCAAGUAUUAAACUCUUCUACCUUUGCCAGUUCUACUCCCUGCAUCCCCACCAUUUCUCUGACCUCCCUCUCAAUCACAUACAUGUAUUCUUUCAUUUCUACUGACCUUCAUUCCUUUCCUCUAGAGCAUAUCUCCACCUCUCCAGGGUCUUCUCAACCUGCUCCCUACUCUCAUUACAGAUCACAGUGUCAUCUGCAAACAUCACAGGGACCUCUGUCUAAUUACCUCUGGCAACCUGUCCAUCACCAUUGCAAAUAAUAAAGGUCUCCGAGCCAAUCCCUGAUGUAAUCCCACCUCCACCUUAAAUGCAUCCAGACCUCAUCACUGUCACUUCCCUCAUACAUAUCCUGUACCAUUCUUACAUACUUCUCUGCUAUUCCCAACCUCAUACAAUACCACAACUUCUUUCUAGGCACCCUGUCAUGUACUUUCUCUAGGUUCACAAAGACACAAUGUAACUCAUUUUGGCCUUCUCUGUUCUUUAUCAACGCCCUCGGAGCAAACAUUGCAUCUGUAGUGCUCUUUUUCCGGCAUGAAACCAUACUGCUGCUCACUAAUCAUCACCUCCCUUCUUGACCUUAGAUGCCACUACUCUAACCCAGAACUUCAUUCUGUGGCUGAUAAAUUUUAACUUUCUGUUGUUAUUACAGUUCUGCCCAUCAGCCUUAUUCUUAAAAAUCUGUAUCAGUAUACUUCUCCACUCCUCAGGCAUCAACUCAAUUUCUAAGAUCUGGAUAAAUACUCCACUGCCAUCUCUCCUAAAUGCCUAAAUACUUCUACAGGUAUGUCAUCUGGACCAACAGCCUUCCCAUUCUUCAUCCUCUUUGUAGCUGUCCAUACUUCUUCCUUAGUUAACCAAAAAGUGCAACGGAUUACCAUCUCCACAUCAUCCAACCUUCUCUCUCAUUGUCUUCAUUUAUCAAUGUCUCAGAGUACUCUUUCCAUCUGCUCAACCCACUCUCCUCACUUGAGUACAUUUCCAUCAUUAUCCUUUAUCACCCUAACCUGCUGCUCAUCUUUUCCAGCUCAGCCUCUCUGUCUAGCCAAUCAGUACACGUCCUUUUCUCCCCCCUUAGUGUCCAACUUGUCAUGUCAUCAUGUACCUUUUCUUUAGACUUUGCCACCUCUCUCUUUAACUUUCACCUUAUCUCCUUGUACUCUUAUCUAUUUUCAUCAUCUUUCCGACUAUCCUACUUCUUCACCAACCUCUUCCUCUGUAUACUCUCCUGUACUUCCCCUUUCCACUUCUUUGUCCUCCUUCUGUCCAGAUGUCAAACUAAGCACCUUUCUAGCUGUCUCCCUUACCACUUCUGCUGUAGUUUUCCAGUCGUCUGGUAAUUCUUCUCUGCCACCUAGUGCCUGUCUUACCUCCUCCAUGAACUCCACCUUGCAGUUUUCCUUUUUCAAUGUCCGCCGUUUGAUCCUUGGUUCUGCCCUCACUCUCCUCUUCUUGAUGUCCAACGUCAUUCUACAGACCACUAUCCAGUUUCCUUCAGACUGAACCUCCUUCAUAGGAUAUAAUCCAUCUGUGUGCGUCUUCCUCCACUCUUGUAUGUCAACUUGUGUUCUUCCCUCUUCCUAAAAUAUGUAUUCACCACAGCCAUAUCCAUCCUUUUUGCAAAAUCCACCACCAUCUGACCUUCAUUCCUCUCCUUGACACCAUACCUAUUCAUCACCUCCUCAUCCCCUCUAUUCCCUUCAUCAACAUGUCCAUUGAAAUCCACUCCAAUCAUCACUGUCUCUUCCUUGGGUACACUGUCUACCACUUCAACUGUCUCCAGAAAUCUUCUCUCUCAUCCAUUGCACACCCAACUUGCGGGUAUCUGCAUGAAUAGCAUUCAUCAUCACACCUUCAGUUUCCAGCUUCAUAAUCAAAACUUUGUCCAACACUCUUUUCACCUCCAAAACACUUUUGACAUACUGUUCCUUCAGGAUAACCCCUACCCCAUUUCACUUUCCAUCCACACCAUAGUAGAGCAAUUUGAGCUUGCUUCUGAUACACUUGUUCUUACUCCCUUUCCAUCUGGUCUCUUGCACACACAAAUAUAUCAACCUUCCUUCUCUCCAUCAUAUUAGCUAACUCUCUCCCUUUACUAGUUAUACUGCCAACAUUCAAAGUUCCUACAAUCACUUCCACUCUGUUAACCUUCCUCUUCUCCUCCCCAAGCACGCUGUUUGCUAACAGCACUGUUGGCGGAAGUUACUAACCUGGGCCUUGAUCGAUCCGGUAUGGAAAUCUGUAUUGUUGUCCACAUAUUCAUCUGGCAAGAUUUUACACUGGAUGCCCUUCCUGAUGUAACCCUCCUAUUUAUCUGGGUUUGGGGCUGGCACGAAGAAACGCAGUGGUUUGUGCAUCCUUCAUGGCUGGGUUAGGUAACCCAGCAAAAUGAAUUACAAUUAAUGUUUUUGGAGAUUUUUUUUUUUUUUGCUUUAUUAAUUGAUUUUCUGAAUUUCUGUAUGUUUUUGACACUGAACACUAUCAGAUCAUCAUUGAAAUUCUGGAUAAAAGAAA